CUCAUCUGCUCUGAACCGCGCUCGUAACCACACACACACACACACACUCUCACGACGGUCCGUCCUGCUCCAGCAUGGCCAGCACCAUCAAGGAGGCGCUGUUGGUGGUGAGUGAGGAUCAGUCUUUAUUCGAGUGUUCAUACGGAGCGCCUCAUUCUAAGACGGACAUGACGGCCUCCGCCGCCGGCGAAUACGGCCCGAGCAAACUCAGUCCCAGAGUGCAUCAGCAGGACUGGCUGGCUCCGCCCACCGGACGUGUCACCGUCAAGCUGGAGUGCGGCGCGGGAGCACAGGUGAGCGGAUCCAGGUGAGACGCACCUCCAGAGCAGGAGAGAGUUUCUCCAGUGAUGUACAGCAGCUUUAUGGAGGACAAACACGCAGCGCCACCCAACUUGACCACCAGGGAGCGCAGAGUGAUCGUACCUGCAGAUCCGAGCCUGUGGUCGGCGGAUCACGUGCGUCAGUGGCUGGAAUGGGCCGUGAAGGAGUACGGGCUUCCCGAGGUGGACCUGUCUCUCUUCCACAGCAUCGACGGGAAGGAGCUCUGCAAGAUGAGCAAAGACGAUGUCCAGCGCCUGACAAGCAGCUACACGGCCGAGAUCCUGCUGUCUCACCUGCACUACCUCAGAGAGACUCCACUUCCUCACUUGACUUCAGAUGAUGUUGACAAAGCCUUGCAAAACUCCCCGCGGUUAAUGCAUGCUCGCAAUACAGGAGGAGCCAGCUUCAUCUUCCCAAACACCUACCCUUCAGACGGCAGCAGAGCAGACGUGAGUUUCCACAGCCGGCGCUCUGGAUGGACUCAGCCGGCGUCUGCAGCUAAAGUUGCCAUCACGAGCAAAACCCAAGAGCAGAGAGCUCAGUGUGUGUGUGUGUGUGUUUCAGGUUCGGGUCAGAUCCAGCUGUGGCAGUUCCUCCUGGAGCUUCUCUCCAACAGCUCCAACUCGUCCUGCAUCACGUGGGAAGGAACCAACGGCGAGUUCAAGAUGACGGAUCCGGACGAGGUGGCGCGGCGCUGGGGCGAGAGGAAGAGCAAGCCCAACAUGAACUACGACAAGAUGAGCCGAGCCAUGCGCUACUACUACGACAAGAACAUCAUGACCAAAGUGCACGGCAAGCGCUACGCCUACAAGUUUGACUUCCACGGCAUCGCACAGGCCCUGCAGCCGCAUCCGCCCGACUCCUCCAUCUACAAGUACCCCGCCGAGCUGUCCUACAUGAGCUCGUACCCGCACCCGCAGAAGAUGAGCUUCGUGUCUCCACACACUCAGGCCAUGAACGCCGCCUCGUCCGGCUUCUUCGGCGGCCCGGGUCCGUACUGGAACGCUCCGGUGGCGGGAAUCUACAGCGGACCGCGACACCCCGCUGCGCACAUGCCCUCGCAUCUGGGCUCCUACUACUAGACGUCUCAAACAUCUCAAGAACACACCAGACUGGAGAGAGCAAACCGUGCGCCGCCGCCGGAGAAAACAUCUGCGAUCCGCUCGCAGAUCCAGGAGUUUAGCGGGAAUGUGAAAGUCUAAACGGGGUUGUUAAUGAGCCGCUGCAUGAGCAAGUACUUAUUGGUCUAUUUGUGGCCCUGCAGCACAAAAGCAGUCUUAAGUCGCUGGGGUAUAUUUGUAGCAAUAGCCAACAA